AUGCCUCGGACACCGGCCUUCCAAAGAGUCUCAGCAGACUCACCGGCUGCUUUGGCUUCGGAACGAUACAGCAUCCAGGACGAGGAACGUAACGGUCUCGAGAUUGCAGAGGCCGCUUUGGGCAACCCGGAACGUGCCGGACAGGUUCCUUUUUACACCGGGGAUAAGACUGGAAUAACUUCAACCCUGACGCUCCUUGCUCCGGGAGAAUCACUACCCCGGCAUUUCCUGAUUCCGUCGCGCGCAGCAACCUCACUGUCAGCGGAGGAUCAGAAUUACCUGGCAAGCAAAGGGGUCUUCAGUUUACCGAGCAGCGAAGCAUGCCAUUGUCUGCUUCAGGCAUAUUUUCAUCAUGUGCAUACGAUCAUGCCGAUCAUCGAAGCAGAUCAGAUCCUGCACUUCUUUCACGCGGGACGAUUACAUGAGUUCAAUUUGCUGCUGGUGUGGAGUGUGUUCUUUGUUGCUGUGAAUUUUGUUCCAUCCUCUCUCUGCGAGAGAGAAGGGUACGACUCACGAAAGGCGAUGAAAGCAGCCAUGUAUUCCCAUGCAAAGGUCGUUCUUCUGCAGUCCUCUUUGAUGCUCGGCUUCUGGCACUCCGAAGUAGAUGAACAUGUCCAGCCUUGGUACUGGACUGGAAUAUCCGUGACUCUUUGUCAGAUCCUCGGCCUCCAUCGCAAUCCCGACGCGGCACGAUAUAAUGCAUCUAUCACCGACCGUCAGCGACAUCUCUGGCGUCGCCUCUGGUGGACAUGCUUCUUCCGGGAUCGUUGGCUGAGUCUGACGUUGGGACGGCCGUUGCGUAUUGACCUCGAUGACUGCGAUGUGGCCAUGCCGUUGGUGGAAGAUCUUCUCUAUGACCUCAACAAUGUUCCAGAGCCACUUCUAUCCGCCUUCAUUCCGGAUGAAGUCUCUCGCCUGGCUGAAUAUUGGAUCCAGUUAAUAGGCAUGAGCAGAUUGCUAGGCGCCGUCCUCUCUAUGAGCUACAAGACAGCUCGUCCGAAACCCUCGCGUGAGGAAGUUGAGACUCUUGAGGCAGAGAUCUGUUGUCAACAACCCCCAGAGAAGGCGGCCCCGGGCUGGAAUGGUCCCACGAGAUUCUACCUGCAUCACCUCCAAUUGCAUUAUCAAGCAAUCCUCAUUGUCCUAUAUCGACCAUGUAUCACCGACCCGCCGGACGACGUGUCUCUGAAUCACCAGACGCAGUGGCAGGAAACCAUUCGUCACAAGGCCGACUUUGCAGCCUCCCGUACCAACGAGAUCCUGGAAACCCUCGCACAGGAGAGUCUGCUUGAAUAUGCCCUGCCUAUGACACCACCCCUACUGAUUCCGGCCAUGCAAAUGCACCUUCUGAACUGUCGGACCGGCAACUCUCUAUCACGACGUCUCCGGCUCAACAAGCUCAACGUAUGUAUGAUGGUCAUGGAGGAGUUCCAGAAGGUCUACACCGUUGCGUCUAUCUACCGUGGAAUUUUUGCCAAGGCCAUUCAACAAGUCUGCCCCGACCGUCUCGACGAGCAACAGGACACUUCAGUCUCGAUUCCUGCGGCGGCACCUCUUUCUGCACGGUCCGACGAUGUGACCAAUGCCACAGCUGCUGGCUAUCCGGGACUUGGCACUGAUAUGGACAAUAUGGUGGAUGCUCUUCUGGACGAAUCGUCGGCCCUUAACUUUUGGGAGACGUGGGGUCAAUUGUGGGUUGGAUAG